GCUGAGAACGGGGGAUCGUGCAUUAGUACAGCGAGGUAAUCUAAUGUUGCUCAGACUUCAAACUUGAAAAAGGCCAGUCGUUAGACUCAAAUACUCCAGUGCACAGGUUUGAUUUCACUUGUUCCCCGCUAACUAAAGUUUUAAAAACUGAAACUAGCAACAGUGUCGGACAGAAAGACUGACCCUGCUACAUACCGUGGAUAUUAAAAGAGAAACUCCAUAUUAAAAAGAGCAAAGUAAAAUAAUAAAAUAAUAAAAAGUUAUAGUUCAGGUGCAGCGGGAAAGAGCAUUCUGCAUAGUUUGGUGUUUGGUGAAUGACAACAUUACAAAAUUAAAUGCUGCCACCGUACUUGGACUAACAUCGUGUUUGUCCCUUUGCUUGUAGGUAGUUCCGCUGUUUGCUACAAUUACGGGAGAAAAAAAACACAAACAAAAACAUUAAGUUUAGUCUUCAUACGAUCAUUAAGGAAGCCGUGUUUUUACGAUGGCAUUCUAGAACUCAUUUAAACAAAGACAAUGGGAUACGCUUAAGAGGCGACAUGAAGAAAUGCUAUUCUGGAUAGCUGUGGAUUAACUGGAAGAAAGAAAACUUGGACAGGGGGGGGACUCUUUUUGCUUGUGGAAAUCUUAUGGCCUGAAGGAGGCGGCAGUGGCCCCAUUCACUCGAUACCCAUGGAUACCCUUGCCGCGUAUGCAUAUAACGAAACCUAUGAUGGGAACUGGACUGACAAUUUCAAUGGAACCGAUGGGAACCAAAAGCAGCUGUACAAUUACUAUGCACUGCUUUUGACUCUGCUCAUCUUUGUCAUCAUCUUUGGCAACGUGCUGGUGUGUAUGGCAGUUUCCAGGGAGAAGGCGCUACAGACAACAACCAACUAUCUGAUUGUGAGUCUGGCUGUGGCAGAUCUGCUGGUAGCCACACUCGUUAUGCCUUGGGUUGUUUACUUAGAGGUCGUUGGCGAGUGGAGAUUUAGUAGAAUCCACUGUGACAUAUUUGUCACCCUGGAUGUCAUGAUGUGUACGGCAAGCAUCCUCAAUCUCUGUGCUAUUAGUAUUGACAGGUAUACAGCCGUUGCCAUGCCGAUGCUGUAUAACACACGGUACAGCUCCAAGCGGAGAGUGACAGUCAUGAUAUCUGUGGUCUGGGUGCUGUCCUUUGCAAUAUCCUGCCCACUUCUGUUUGGUUUGAACAACACAGCUACCCGAGAUGAUGCCCUGUGUGUCAUUGCAAACCCUGCUUUUGUAGUGUACUCCUCUAUUGUGUCCUUCUAUGUCCCUUUCAUCAUCACACUGCUGGUGUAUGUCCAGAUCUACGUGGUGCUCAGAAAGAGAAGAAAGCGUGUCAACACCAAACGCAGCAGCCGCGGGGUGGAGUCUGAAAUGCACGCUCCAUUGAAGGACAAAUGCACACACCCCGAGGAUGUGAAGCUCUGCACAGUUAUCGUAAAGUCAAACGGCAGUUUCCCUGUCAGUAAAAAUAAAGUGAUUCUCAUUCAGGAAGCGGCACACCAUCCAGAAGAAAUGGAAAUGGACCCGAUGACGAGCUGCAGCUCUCCAGAGAAGAAAAAGCACAAACUGUCCCCGGUUAACCGCCAUCUCGCCGUGCCUGCUACAGCGAGCCAAUGCAUGAGCCCUGCCCUGCCCUCAUCCAUCGAGAGUCCCGUCAAGGCAGAGAAGAACGGACACUCGAAAGACAUCAUCCUCCCCAAAGCGCCCAAAGCCUUUGAGAUCAAAGCCAUGCCCAAUGGCAAAACAAAGACGUCCCUUACAAUGCUGAGCAAGAGGAAAAUCUCACAACAGAAAGAGAAAAAAGCAACCCAAAUGUUAGCCAUUGUACUGGGUGUUUUUAUCAUAUGCUGGCUGCCGUUUUUCAUCACCCAUAUUCUCAACACCCACUGCACAAAAUGCAGGGUUCCUCCAGAAAUGUACAAUGCAUUCACCUGGCUCGGCUACGUGAACAGCGCUGUGAAUCCUAUUAUAUACACCACCUUCAACAUCGAAUUCAGGAAGGCUUUCAUCAAAAUACUUCACUGCUAAGAAAAGACAGCAUAGCCUGGACUGAUGUACAGACAAACAACCACAAUGACAGCCUCCUUGCGUUCGCACAUCUGUGUUUGCAUUGUUGCUGAGAAGAAUGAUCUUAAAGGAACUUUCACAAAGGAAGGAUUUGUUGGAACGGUACGGGACACGCCACUUCUUUACAUGAUGGAAAGAAUGUGUCAAGAAGUGGGAAUCCCUCUCUGUUCUUAGCUUGUUGCAGCCAAGCCUGAAGAUUAUUAUUUAUUUCUUAGCAGACUUACAAUUGUUACAAGAUAUCACAUUAUUUUUUACAUACAAUUGCCCAUUUAUACAGUUGGGUUUUUACUGGAGCAAUCUAGGUAAAGUACCUUGCUCAAGGGUACAGCAGCAGUGUCCCCCCACCUGGGAUUGAAGAAACAACUCUCCGGUCAAGAGUCCAGAGCUCUAACCACUACUCCACAAGAUCCAGUGCUUACACCUCAUUUAAUAAGGUGACCUCGCAUUGAAAAGAAGCUGUUCUGGUUAUUUUCCUCAGUAUUACACUAAAUGUCUGAUGUGUUUUACAGGAAAGAGUCUUACCAACCUGAUUUAUAGGAAGCACAAUGUAUUAAGCAUGCCUUCGGUCUUUGAGCGACCCCACAGAAAGGUCUAAAGCAAUGCAAAACAACAGCAGUAUCAGCUUUACUGAUGGAAAACCAUCAGGUUCUUUUGCUGAUUCCUUGUACAGUAAUCCUCAAAGCACAUAGCUAAAAACAUGUAAAUAAAGUACAAAGUAAUAUAAGCCCAUGACAAAAAUGAAAAACACGCAUCGCAGGUUUUUUUCGCAUGCAGAGAAUGUGUUUUCACCGUUCUGUUGAUAUGAUUUUGUAUUAAGAAAGGUAUACCUGGAGGGGUUGGAAGGAUGGAACAGCUCUGUGACAAGCUCACAGGAUCUUGCUACGACCCUUUGAGUUUCUCUUUUGCAAUGACACAGUUUCUAUUUGUUUUUGUGGUUGCUUGCAUUUGUGUCCAUCACAUAAAACAUUUGUACUGCGUAUGCUCCAUUGUAGAGAACACUGAAGAAAAGAAGAACCAAGACAAAAAGCCUGUCUGUCGAGUCUGAGGGAGGCGGCGUUCUUUUUAUAUCUGAGGGAGGGAGAUGCCAAGCAUGAAUGCGGGAUUUACAGGCUUUAAACGCAGGCGUGGCACGGAUUUUAAAGCCUGUAUUUCAAUAUCUUAUUCAGAUUGUCCUUGCCACAUGUGAUUAAGACUUGAUAUACAGUAUAGGGUUAGAUAGGCAGGUUCCAAAGCCACCCUCUGUGCAUUUCAGAUGUGUGCCUUCCAUAUCUACUUGAGUACUGCUGAAUUCGUGCUUACCCCGAAUAGACAUGUUUGCUGCCUUAGCUCUGCACAACAAAACUCUCAAAGAAUGUAGCAAACAAACACAGAGGAUUUAUACUUCAGUGUAAAACUGAACAUGAUUGUGGAACGGCCUGCAUUUAAUAAUCAAAAAGGCAGGACGGUUCUUGUAGUCUUACCUAAGAUUGUGUUUGGUCCAGGACUGAGAGGAAACAUGAUCUCUGAUUGUAUUUUAUUUUAUUUCAUUGUUGAUCAUACUCUCUGACUCACAUGAAGUACACAGGCACUCAAAUAGGGAACAUGUUGUGUGUAACAAGGCUUAUCAUCCUCUCCAGGGUCAGUAUGUACCAACUGAAUUGGUUACAGAGUUUCUCAGUUGUAACCAUAUCCUUGUGUGGGUUUACAGCUGUUUUGGGGAUUUUAAGAUCAUGCCGUGCCCACAGCACAGCACAUACAUACAGUAUGUUUUAUAUAGCUACCUGCUGGUCUGUACAAAAAGGAUAUCAGAUUUUAGAUUUAUUCCCCAGCAAAAAAUAAAACGAAAAGUGCAAACCCUGUUUUUAAUUUAACAGUGUGAGUGAGUGAUCAGUUUCUGAGGUAGCAUUUUUUUUUUAUGAUUGUGCUCUGGACAUAAUGUUUGUGAAGAGAUCACAAGUGCUCGUUAAUAAAAGAGCUGGGCUCAUGUAUUUUGCACCCUUGAAUGUAUUUUUAGCUAAUAUAUUUCCUAGAAAAAAGAAGAAUAAAAACCGGAACAUUUUCAGUUUCCACGCCUCCUGUGCACACACUCAACGGCUGAACCUCAGCUGUUUAUUGGCACAGAAUUCUUACAAACAGUUACAAUCAGCGAAAGUUUAACGCGGAUCAGUCCACUAACUGUUCCCUAACAGUAUCAAAGCCAGAUUCAAAAUCAGAAACAGUGCCCAGCUGCAAUACAGACCCACAGCUAAGUGCCAAAUACCACUAGAAUACUAGAAGUGUGUUUCUUAUGCACCACAUUCCUCCUCCCCUCGCUAAAUAGAGUGCUGUCAUCCGUUUCAGAAACGGCACGUCAUUGGAGCAUUAAGGGAGGAGUAUAAUGACUGAAAGGGUUCAAUAAAACAGACGCUGCAAUUAUAUAUCACUGACACGGCACAGAUAAAGGAUUGCUGUACAUCCCAUUUAUUUUAGCUUGUGUUCUUCUCAAAUUGAAAGCACAGAUUGGUGUCACAUCAAUGAAUUUAACACACAAGCUUUUUGUUAGCAGGGUCAUUAAAAGUUGCUUAAACGUGUAUAAUCACUGCAGUGAACUGACCUGUAACAUUUACACUUAGACUCUUACAGAUUGUGUCGAUUUCACAGAUAAGAAGCCCCAUCUAGGGAGAAACUCAAGUCAUGAAAAAAGCGAACCUCAGAACUCAUACAUUGCUUAAACAGAAAGAUAUACACAAUGCACCUAAAUAAACUGUUCAGCAAAAUCGGCUAGGGCAGGGCUGUCCAAUCACAACCCGGGAGGGCCAUUCCACUCCAGGUUUAACAGGUACAGUGAUAUCAUUAACUACUUCAGGGUCUGGAUGGAGGUUUAAUUGGUUAAAUUAAACAAUUUAGAACAGGAACAAAGACCUAUAGUGACAACGUUGGCCACCCCUGGGCUUGGGAUAGUUUGCCCCAUCACAUUUUGGCAACCCAUACUGGUCACAUGUGCAAGAGACUUCCCAGGUUGGGCCCUUGUCUCCAGGAUGCAGUGGGUUGGAAUCACCUGCUUUCUUAGGUUUGGAAGGUGUAAAGAAGUGAUCGCCUUGACAACAGGAAGGGAGGUCACAUUGAUCACAUGAUCAGCGAGUAGGUUGCAACAAUCAGUCGACAUUCGAGUCUAAAAUUGGGAAGGAAACAGGUACAUUUGAUAAAA